UUCAAUAUGGUCCCAAACAGCUUUGUUUUGCAUUCAUAGGUUUUCAUAUCAUAAUAUACAAAUAUUUUACAAUUUGUAUGUUAAUAUGAAAAUCUAUCACUUUUAGUGUCUUCAGACAUUUAUUUAUGAUGAACUGUUGCUAUUGACUAUUUUGAAAUAAUUUGCAGUCACCAAUUUUGCUACCAAAAUAUAUAAAUAAAUAGGUUUUCAAUCCCAGAUGGUACAACCGAUGAAACCUAUGCAUAGACCAGUUCAUUUUUCCCUCCAUUUCUCAACUGCCAUUCAAAAAAGACAAACCAUCCAACACAGAACCGAGGAUUUCUUGAACCUUGUAUUGGACAAAGGCCCAGAUGUCAAAACCCUCAAAAUAAUCCAUUCCAAGAUUAUUUCCGACCCAAUUUUAUACUCGAAUACAUCCCUGGCCAUCAAAUUAAUGAGAGCUUAUGCUGCGUGUGGCAAACCCAGUAUAACUCGGAAUAUAUUCGACAAAAUUCCUGAGAGAAACAAUGUUAUUUUUAAUGUAAUGAUUAGAAGUUAUGUGAAUAAUCAGUUUUAUAAAGAUGCGAUUUUUAUGUAUAAGAGCAUGCUGUUUUGUGGUGUGGUUCCAGAUCAUUAUACAUUACCGUGUAUGUUAAAAGCUUGUUCUUCGUUGAAUAAUUUGUUGGUCGGGGUGCAAAUUCAUAGCCCGGCUGUGAAAAAGGGUCUGGACUUGACUCUGUUUACAGGGAAUGGGCUGAUUGCCAUGUAUGGGAAAUGUGGGUUUUUGGUCGAUGCAAGACAUGUUCUUGAUGCAAUGCCUUAUAGGGACAUUGUUUCUUGGAAUUCUAUGGUGGCAGGGUAUGCCCAGAAUGGAAGGUUUGAUGAUGCGUUAGAGGUUUGCAAAGAAAUGGGGUUAUUAGGCGUGAAACCUGAUUCUGGCACAAUGGCUAGCCUAUCUCCAGCUGUAACUAAUACUUCUAAAGAAAAUGUUAUGUUUGUGAAGGAAAUGUUCAUGAGCGUGGCUCGAGAGGAAUUGGUUGCAUGGAAUGUAAUGAUAGCAGUGUAUAGCAAUAAUUCUAUGCCCAGAGAGGCAGUUGAGCUUUAUUUGCAGAUGGAAGCUCAACGGUUGGAACCGGAUGCAAUUACUAUUGCUAGUGUUCUUCCAGCUUGUGGGGAUCUUUCAGCUGUAUCACUGGGGAUGCGGGUUCAUGAAUUCGUUGAAACAAAGGGGCUCCGGCCUAACCUGUCUGUAGAGAAUGCCUUAAUCGAUAUGUAUGCCAAGUGUGGAUGUUUAUCAGAAGCUAGGGAAGUGUUUGAUGGAAUGCAGUUAAGGGAUGUUGUCUCGUGGACUUCACUGAUGUCUGCCUAUGGUAGGAGUGGGGAAGGUCACAGAGCUAUUGAGUUAUUUGCUAAUUUUCAGGAUUUGGAUCUUAUUCCUGAUUCAAUAGCUUUUGUUUCAGUUCUUUCAGCUUGCAGCCAUGCAGGAUUAUUAUCUGAAGGCCGACAAUAUUACAGAUUGAUGACUGACGAGUAUAAAAUAGUUCCUAGGUUAGAACACUGUGCUUGCAUGGUUGAUCUACUUGGACGUGCUGGUCAAGUAGAAGAGGCCUACAAUUUUAUCAGUCAGAUGCCAAUGGAGCCUAAUGAUAGGGUUUGGGGAGCUCUUUUGAAUGCUUGCCAUGUUUAUAAUAACAUGGAUAUUGGGAUUGUAGCUGCAGAUCAUCUUUUUCAAUUGGCUCCAGAGCAGUCUGGUUAUUAUGUCCUGUUAUCGAACAUAUAUGCAAAGGCUGGGAGAUGGAAAGAUGUGGCAUCAAUUCGGUCAAUCAUGAAAGGGAGAGGAAUCAAGAAAGUACCUGGUGUUAGUAAUGUUGAGCUCCAUAAUCAGGUCCAUACCUUCCUUGCUGGUGAUCGAUGGCAUCCACAAUCUAUGAAGAUCUAUGAAGAGUUAGAUGUCUUGGUAGGGAAGAUGAAAGAGGCAGGCUAUAUCCCAAAAACCGACACUACAUUGCAUGAUGUGGAGGAAGAAGAUAAAGAAAACCACCUAGCAGUGCACAGUGAGAAGUUGGCCAUUGUAUUUGCUAUUAUUAAUACUGAACCAGGGGCACAAAUCAGAGUUACUAAAAAUCUACGUGUCUGUGAAGAUUGCCACAUUGCUAUCAAGUUCAUGUCCAAGAUUACUGAACGUAAAAUUGCAUUAAGGGAUUCAAACCGUUAUCAUCAUUAUGAAAAUGGGAUUUGCUCAUGUGGUGAUUAUUGGUGAACACAGACAUCCACACCCCUAGAUAGAUUCUGUAACAGCUUAUCCGAAUGUGAUUGCUUUAUCAAGUCAAGAAUAAAAUGAUGCCUGAUGACUUGCUCCCAACUUUAACUGGAUGUCUCAGUCAAAUAUCUUUCUGUCCUUUAUUUUGACCUGGUUUUGGAUUAUUUAAUUGGGCACCUUGCUUUGAGGAUCUAAAUUUGAGAGAUGCGCUGAGUUACUUCUCUGAAGAGGCAUGAUAUUGACUUAUUGAGGUAAAAAUAAUGAUGAGCGGGAAUUCUGCAGAAGAGCACAAUGGCUGGAAAAUGUUCACUGAGCUGACUCCCCAGAGUAAAUGAUGAUGAGAGACCUGAAUUUCUCCAUGUGAACCAUAACGAAUGCUCACCCAGACUUCAGUUGAAUUGAGCUCAAAUAAAAUCCAGCAUGAUUUUAGCCACUCUCUUUUUGUUAGGUUAACACUGAAAGCUUCCUUCUACAUUUUAGCAGUAUGGAAAUCAAUUUAGCUAGCUUAGAAAUUCAUCGGCAGAAGAGAGCAGUUUCAUUGUGAAUAACUAACAUGUUGGGUUUCAUUUUCUGGAUUGGUUUUCAGCAGCUUCUUAUCAAGGAUGUCUAGUUGAAAAAUUGAUCGGCAACAGAUGUAAAUAUUCAUCAAUUGAUGUCCUGUAGCUGGUGAUGUGCUCAGAUCACAACCUUAGCUCUUCGAAUGGAUUGCCAGAAUGCAUUGGUUGUUAGUGGUGGCUUUCGCCCCAUCUUUUGAAGUUCUGAUUUCGUCAUUCUUUAUUAGUUUCUUGUCUUAAUCUUUAGAAGUUCUGCAACCUGCAAAGUUGUUCUUUUCUUUUCUUUUCUUCGCUGUUACUGGGUUUGGGGUCAAGGUGUGAGUUUGUGGUACAUGGAUGAGCCCUGGCUUUGCUACUACUAUGGCCACUAUGUCAAAAGGUCUGGGCAAAUUUGUUGAUUAUGCCGUCGUUGGAGCCCCAGAUCUUUAUUCACCUGGUGUGCCAAGCUCUUCAUUUUCCAAGGGAAGAAAGAGAAAAUGGAGCUUUAUGGAUGAAUCUGCUCUGGUUCUUUGCUUGGGCCAUUUAUCAAGUUCUUACAUUAGCAUAUGCUCUGGGAAAGUAAUGGAAGAGGAGUCUUCGAUCGAUCCUGAUCUCAAUAUCAACUUCAAACGAGGAGGUCGCAGAAUAUCCAAUCAAAAGAUGGCAUCUUCUGGGACUUCAAAUGCACUUGAAGUAAGGAGGCCUAAAUUAGAUCUCGAAUUAAGUCUGUCUACUGGACCUGCUGAAUCUAUUUUCACUGCUGUUCAAGGGUUCAGUCCUUAUGGGAAGAUUUCUGAGUCACCAGCCUUUGUCAUUUCGCCUCAAGUUGUUGAUGAAGAGUCAAUGCCAUCUCAGUGGAAAACUGGGUUUUAUGUUUCUACAUUGCCAAAUAUUGCUAAUUUUGUUCCUGUUGACCAUAUCCAUUGCUCUGGCAAUCCUAUUCAAGUGACCCCUAAACUUCCAUUCCGUGCAGCAAUGACAGCUAGGUCAGUUGCCGGUACUUUUGGAUUGUUUAAUCAACAACAGAAAAGGAGAACCAGCAUGAAAAUCUGCCAGUUUGAAAAAUGCAUAAAGGGAGCAAGAGAUGCUGUUGGUCUCUGUAUUGCCCAUUGAGGUGGGAGGAGGUGUAAGAGAGCUGGCUGUCAGAAGGGAGCCGAAUGCAAGGCACAUGGAGGUCAAUGUUCUGUAAAGUUCACGGUGGUGGCAGAAGGUGCACAUUUUUGGGGUGCACAAAAAGUGCAGACAGGAGAACUCCAUUCUGUAAAGGUCAUGACGGGGGCAAAAGAUUUCAAUUUAAAAGGUGCACAAAGAUCGACCAUGUGGGAACUUUAUUUUGUGUUAGUUAUGGUGGCAGCAAGAGAUGCACUGAACUUGAGUGUACCAAGAGUGCAAGAGGGUGCACCAACUUUUGUGUUCGUCAUGGUGGUGGAAAAAGGUGCAAGCUCAAAGGAUGUACAAAGAGUGCACAAUGUAGAGCUGAUUUUUGCUAAGCACACGGUGGAGGUAAACGAUGCACUUGGGGACAUUUAGGUUCAGAAUUUGGCAGUAAAGGUGCCAGUUCAUGUGACAAGUUCGCUACCAGGAAAUCUAGUCUGUGCAAUAAACACAGUGCUCAAAUAGAAAAUAAACAGAUCCACGAGAAUGAUAUAACGGUUUCUAGCACACAGAAUCCACAUUCUUGUACAUUUGCACAGAUGAAAUGGACUUCUGCAUCUGAACACAAUCUUUUUGAUUUCAGUGAAACUAUAGAACAUGGGACUCCUUCAAUUGGCUAUGGAUACCAAUCGAUUUCUAUGCCAAUCCGACCGCAGGUUGGAAAUCUUUGCUCGAAUAAUUCUGAUCUUCCAGAAGGCAGGAUGCACGGAGGACCCUUAAUGGGAAAUCUCAAAUGAAUCACAUUCUUUUCAACAAGUAAAAAGAAUGAAGAAGCCGGAAUCCAAUUCAAGACAGGAAAAUAUUAUGCCCUGCCUCAUAGUUGUGUGUAAGCAAAGCUCCUGUUCUGUUCGUUUCAUCAUAGUUGGUUUGAGUCGGGUUUUCUGCAUCUUGUUCAUAUCGAUAUCUUGUCAUGACGGAUAAGAAAUUAUCGUUUCAUUAUUGUGUCACAGGAAUGGAUGUGCUUUUCAACUGAAAUCGUGGGUUAAGUUAUGAAGCUGGUCUGGGUUGAGUUGGUUUUAGGCUGUCUACAUCCCUUUCAAAUAUUUUUCUGUUUUAAUUUUAGUUUCUGUCUCCUGUAGAUAUUCGUAUCAUCAUAUGUAAAUUUUAAUGUUGUCCAAGUUACUUGUGGACUGUUGCU